AUCGCUAGUGAUGAGAAGCCCCCCAUCGUGAUCCUGAACCUGGUCGUCGUGGAGGCUAACGGCCUGGAAGCGAAGGAUGCUGACGGCUUCAGUGACCCGUACUGCAUGCUGGGCAUCAUCCCUGGCAGCGCCGCGGCGCCAGGCAACUAGUGAGCGCUGCACUCCGCCCGGGUCACCUCGGGUCAGCCGCUCCAGCCUGCCCGAGGAGGAGGCCGACGAGCGCCAGCUGAACACGCACGCCGACAAGCUGCGCAAGCAUCACAGGGACCACGAUGAUGAGACGUCGGUGCUGGACGCGGUCAGCAAGCUGAACGAGGUGAAGGGCGUGCGAGGCAUGGCCCGUUUCUUCAAGCAGGUGGCCCAGUCGGCCCGCUCCGGCUCCGGCGGCCAGGACGACUUCCUCGGCUGCGUCAACGUCAGCCUGCAGGAUAUUCCGUCCACCGGCCUGGACCAGUGGUUCACACUGGAAGGUCGCACGGCCAAGUCCGCUGUCCAGGGCCGGAUCCGCCUCAAGAUGUGGCUUUCAACCCGUGAGGACAGAGGACUUUCUGAGGAAGACACAUGGUCGGAAGUGAUUCAACAGCAGAAAAUGAUCGAGGUGUUCGUGAAGCAUGAACUUUCCAAGUUCAGGGGCCCGUCCUACAAGUGGAGCGGAGACCUGCCGACCGUGGCCACCACCAUCCUGCACCAGCACGCGGUGCAGGGCGACCUCACGGAGCUGCAGCAGGCCGUGUGUCGGUGGAUCGCGUACGCUGAGCAGCACCAGGAGUCGGCGCUCGACUACCGUCUGCUGCUCAAGAUCCUGAAGCAGCUCAACGACAAGUUCACCGACGACGCACUCACCUACGAGGAGCAAGAGUCAUUAGCCGAAUCCUUCAAGAGCUUUCUGGGCCACAGCUUUUCCAUCCUGAGAAAGCAAAAGAAGCUUUUUCCUGCAGGAAACAAGGAGGCCCACAGAAAACUCGACGGUCUUCUCAAGUUCCUGGCCGCUCUCUCCGGCAUGGAGAUCUUCCGGCGCGUGCUGCCGUUUCAGCGCGAGAUCCGCACCGAGAUCAGCCAGACGGUGAAGAAGGGCUGUGUCGAGUGGUACUCGCGGCUGCGCGACCACCUGCAGCUGGACCCCAGCGGCGAAGACUCGGCCGUGCUGCAGGCCCUCAUCAGGCUAGUGAAUGAGGUCAGCUGUCACUGCUUCCACGGCCACAACCACCACAACCAGCUGUUUAUGCAAACCGUCGGCGUGCCGUACUUCGCUACCAUCUACAAGCAGCUGGAGAAGCUGGUGUCGGAGGAUAUUUCCAAAUCACUAGUAGAUCUAGAGGUGUCUGCGGAUGUGCAGGACACGGUGGGCCGGCUCUGCAGUGAGCUCCAGAGCUCAGACAUCCAGCUGAACACCACUCCAGACGCCAUGUCGCUCACCAUGGGCACAGCCACCUUUGAGCUCUACAUGGCCACCAAGGACCUCUACAAGCUGGGAGAGCACCUGCCGGCCACCGACCGCAGGGCGCUGUCCAUCAAUCACUUCCAGGAGUGGUUCUCCCCGGCUGUCACCAGAUGGCUGGACAUCGCGCGCUUCAAGAUCCUGUGGCGGGUCAGUAAGGCCGUGGAGCUGGACAGGCUCUCGGAACGGGACGAGUACGUCCGCCACAGCUCGGCCGCCCUCGACAUCGCCUCCUGCUUCGAUCAGGUGCGCGAGUUUUGGAAUCAGCUGGAGUGGCCUCCUCACCUGGAUGCUCACGGCCUUCGCGAGAAGCUCUUAGAGGACAUUGUGACUGGAGCCAAAUACUACGCCGAACUGAGCAACCAGCGCUCGGCCGGGCAGCUGACCAUGCCGUCCCAGGGCGCCACCAUCUCCCCAGAGAUGCGGCCGGACCUGAAGCGCCACAUCUUCCACCUGGCCUGGUCCCCGGACAACCUGCCGACCGAGGAGGCCAUAUGUCCGCUCAUGGACUACCUGGACCAGAGUCUGGUGGGACUGCACGCCGAUCUGAUGAAGCGGAACUUUGACCGGGCGCUCCUCCAGAUCUGGCUGGUCACCAUCUCCGAGCUGAAGGAGCAGGCCGACUCCCUCACAGACGACAAGACGCCGGCGUUCUACGCGAGACUCUGCGACUCUUUGGAGAUCCUCCGCAAGUUCUUCCACGCCGAUGGUCAGGGUGUACCUCUUGACGCGCUCAAGUGUGACCUCUUCGACGCUACCAGCCGCAGCCUUAAGCUGAACAGCCUUUCCACGGAGCAGCUGAUGGACAUGUUCCACAAGGAGCGACUGGAGGCGCAGGAGGCGCAGGAGUCGCAAGAGUUCGGCACACUCUCCGUCCGCGUCUACUUCCACCACGACUCGCUCUCCGUUGAGAUCCUCAACGCCAAGAAUGUGAUCCCGCUGGACCCGAACGGCCUGAGUGAUCCUUUCGUCAUUAUCGAGCUUCUGCCCCGGCAGCUGUUCGCCUCGUGCGUCGAGCAGCAGACAGUGGUGCACAAGCGCACACUCAACCCCGUCUUCGACGAGUGCUUUGAAUACUCGGUGACUCUGGAGCAGUGUCGCGCCGACGGCGCUAUGAUCCUCUUCACGGUCAUGGACCACGACGUGCUGACCUUCAACGACUUCGCUGGCGAGGCGUAUCUCUCGCUGAACCACAUCCCCGGUGUCGAUCGGGGCAGUGCCAACUCGGACAACUUCCACGGCCUGAAGGAGAUCGAGCUGAAUCUGAUGCAUCAGCGCGACAGAGAACAUCCGAUCCUCAAGACCCUGGAGAGCAGACACUGGGACAAGGCGGCGCAGGACUUUUUGAAGAAGUGCCGCGAGCGAGUCACCAGCUUCUGAGCAGGCCCCUGAGAGCGGUAAAUCGCACGGCCCCGCCUCCCUGGCGGGACCUGUGACUGUGACGUCACUUGCCGCGCGGUGACGGGCUGCAGCUCCGCGUCCGACCGCCUGCCUCCGCCCCGCGCCCUGUCGGGCGAGCCGAGUGUGAUUGGCCCGCGGCCAGGUCACGUGUUGUGUCGCCAAGUGACGCUGGGGCCCCGUGGUAUCAGCUCGCGUGCUCUGGCGCGGAAUGCUGCUAUUUUGUGUGAUGCCAUUAGAGUGCGGCCGCGUCCAGCUACCGUGGCGUUCAUGUUACGUAUUCAAUCACACUCCCAUUGUUUAGCGCGAGGGCUACGUAAGCGCCAGAUAUCUAGUGAUCGUUCUUACAGCUGGGUAUUUUUGUUGUUUCUUGCCAGUCACGCGGGUCAUGACACUGGUGCUUUUUAUAAUUAGUUGUGUUCUCGGGUGCCAGACGUGGUUCGCUACAAAUCAAAACCCAGAUGGAUAAGGAGUGGGAUGGGAUGAAGGAGCGAUUAUUCCUCGGCGCACAUUUCCAUCGAAGGUAAUGUUUGGUUUCAGCUCCGUGCAAACGAAGAACACAUCAAUUUGCCUUGUAACCGACUAACUUUGCCUACUUAUAUCCUGCCCGCCUCACGUGUUAUCUUAGAUGUGUCUUAACCGUUCAAAGACACGCAUGUUUCCUAUACCUCUUGCGCCAUGUAUUGUGCGUGUUGAGAAGUCGAAACAUUCCACACCGCCUACCGCUUUCUUUGGUGACUGGAACCAGAUGUAUAUUGCUCCAGUGUUGCCGACGUCGAUAAGGCCGCCCUCCCCUUGAUUGGCGGCUGGACGUUAACGUCCCCGUCACUUCGACCCGGAAUGUUUCCCGUAUGGUUAUCGUUCCGGGUUUACGGCAACCGAACUGGGCCGUACCGCGCACCUGACCAAUCACAUCGCUGGUGCGAACGGGCCGACCAAUCGCGGUGCGGCUCGCCGCCCGGCCGGUUGGUUCCGUCAGCCGGCCUCAGUAGUCGCUCGAGGACCGUUCUAGCGCCUCGGCGCCGUGCCGGUGGUCUGCCGUUCAGCCCAUGACCCAAUCUAGUCCGUGAUGCUAGUCGACCGUGGGCGACCUUUGCCCUGUCCGCCAGGGGUGUGCCCUGUCGUGAGCGGGUCUCCCCGGGUCUUGUCCACCUGCCUGCCGCCUUCACAUUUACCCGCCAGUGUACCGGCCGUGUUUUGUGCCACUCUUGCCGGCGGCUACCCUUCCGACGCAGUCGGGUGGGGCUCGCCGGUAACCGAGAGGCGGGGUUUUGUACCUGGCCCGCGCGCCGCCGCACGAGCCGACCUCAGCGCUGCGCUCGUGACCCCACUCCACCGGGGAGUCACGCGGUCAAGCAUCGCCGGGCAAUCUGGCACGUGUUCGUCCUUUGACUCCCUGACAGCGUUUCCGCCGGUCGGCGUCUGACCUCGUGACCGCGCCGCCGCAGCAGAUCGUGACGGGUCGUAGGUUACCUGGCGCGUGCUCUCGGGCGUUUGAUGUCGUCGCCUCAGCGCAGGUUCUGUCUGAAAUGCAAACCUUUCUUGCUGCACUGUUGCCGUGAAAUACACUACCUUAUCAAG